UGCAUCAAAAAAAUCUACUUAAGUUAAAGUACAGAAGUAUUAUCAGCAAAAUGUACUUAAAGUAUCAGAUGUAAAAGUACUCAUUAUGUAGACACAGUAAUAAAUGUCAACAAUAUUGAAGUAGUUUAAUAGGUAAUAUUAUUCCGUAUUGUUCUUAUGACAGCUUUUGGAGUGCUAGCUGCAAGGUCCCUGGAAGUGCCCAUGAUGCUAUGGUGCUCAGGGAAUCUCAGUUGUUCAAGAAGGCACACCUUCUUCCCAAGCAUGUUCCGGACAUCAGUGGAACACCUGUCAAUUUCUUUGUGCUUGGUGACCCAGCCUACCCCCUAUUGGAAUGGCUCAUGAAAGGGUAUACCCACACUUCUGCUCUCACCCCUCAGGAAGAGUCCUUCAACAUCUACCUCAGUGCUGCUAGGACAGCAGUCGAGAUUGCAUUUGGGAGGUUGAAGUCAAGAUGGCGGGUUCUUCUUAAGCGGAGUGACCUUCACUUCACCUUCACACCGUUCGUUGCGGUCACUUGCUGUGCUCUGCACAAUUUCUGUGAGAGAGAAGAUGAGAUUCUCAACCCAACCUGGAUGGAAGAGGCAGCUUCCAUGGAGAGAACCAGGCCCCAGCCUGUAGCACAGCCACACCUUCCAUCAGGCAGUGCAGAUGAAGCUGUUAGGAGAGUCCUCACACAGUAUAUGGCCAGCAAUUUCCCACUUCUUAUGCAAGAACUAUGAAAAGUGACUGGCCUACAGUUUUUGCUUUGACUUUUGACACUGCUAUUAGUUUGAACACAACUGUGUCUUAUUUAGUAAAACAUAUUAUUAUUAUUUAGUAAAAACAGUAAAACAUUUGUUUAGU